CUUUCGUCUGCUCGGCUCCGUUCCUCCUGACGCGCGCCAGCCAAGCACUUUGCUGCUCUGGCCGCUCUUUUUUUUCCAUCCCCCCUUCUGUCACACUUGUUUUUCCUACGCCACUUCACCCACCACUAAAGCAACGUCUCUCGGUCACAAACUCUCCGUCACCUCGGAGCGCACUCCUGUUUUCAUCCACCUCUUUUCUCUCCGGUCGGUCAUCUUUCUUCACGCCAACGGCAGUGCCACUUAAAAGACAGUCGUCUCACGCGAGACACCCUGUGCGUUAACAACUUGGGCGUGAGCCCCCCUUCAGCGGUCUCGCUUGUUUUCCGGCCCAACAAGCUCGUUCAAGACAUCGUUCCUGGUGCCUGACGUCAACCUGCCGUUUCGAAGAACGUCGACGUGCUUUUUUUCUAAAGUCUUUAUCGCCAAGACAGGAACCGCACUUUUCAUCUCCUUUUGAAGACUUCGGGACUUACCUACCGUUUGAAGCGUACGGAGCUGCACUCAAGGCUCGGAUUAUCUACUUCUACUUGGCCUGUAACCCACCGACAUACCUCGGAGCUUGCUUCCGACUCGUUCCGUCCAUUUCGAGUCGGCGGUUCAACCCCAUACUGCAAUAAGUGAUCCCGGUGUUGUUUCUGGUGUUUGCGUGUGAAUGCGUGUUUGUGUUUGUCGUCGUAUUUAUUGGCAUCGCGAGUGAGAGAGACCGGUCACAAACGUGCGUUCUACUUAUCCAGCGUUGCCACAAGGUUUGUGCGGGUCAGUCGUCAACAGCGUGCUUCGAAGAGGAGAUCCCGCCUGCCUCGAAGGCUACAAGGGGAGAAAUAGCGACGAAAGGGUCCCCACUGCGCGACCUUGAACGCUGCAGGUGUGCCGAGACACGGUUCUUGUCUUCUUUGUAUGUGGAGCGCCUCCUGGAGUCCCGCAUACCUCGACCCAGGUUCCCGCCUUCCCUCGCGGAGUUCAGCUGAAAACUUUUCACCGAGAGAGAGAAGCGACUGCCGCUAGGAGCUUUUCCACCGUUGCUCGGGACAUACUGUUCGCUUUUGUUGCGUUUCCGAGCGUGUUUGCGGCUCAACAACGCGCUUCGAAAUACCGGCGAGGCCGCAAAACCCUUCUCCUCGUAUUCUUUAUUGCCGUGUGUGGGAACCGCAGCAUACGGCGUCGAACGACCAACCUACCCGAGGAGGAUUCGAACGGAGCAGACGACACCGAGCGGUGUGGGUGUGUUUUUGAACCUUCUGGCCGCGCAGUGCGUUCGCGCUUUUUUUCUCGGAACGGCGGUUCGUUCCCGCGAGACGACCAACAACAGAUAGAAAUCGCGUUGUGCGCUUUUCUUUCUGUUUUUCUGGUGUGCGCGCGCGGGUGUGUGCGUGAGCGGUGCGACGCCGGCUUUUGCUUGGAGUGAUACGUUCAGAGAGGAGGUGGAAGAAGCGAGGGGAUUCCCUUUCUGCUCGCUGCGUUUUGACAGUCGACGCUUCUGCGAAGUGUGUGGAGAGAGAGAGUAACAAAAUGCGUGGAUCAGACGAGCUGCUGACGCAGACCAACGCCGUGAGCAAUGGCACCAUCAUGAGCCCUCAGAACAACCACAGUGACAACAACAAUGAUGCCAAAAAGGUGAAGCUGGACACAGGUGGCAAAGUGGUGGUUGGAGCGGGCAAGCCCUCGAGGGUGGUGCACAUCCGGAACAUCCCCAACGAUGCGACAGACACGGACAUUGUGCACUUGGGUGUGCCCUUUGGCAAAGUGACCAACGUGCUUCAGCUCAAGGGCAAGAACCAGGCAUUCCUCGAGUUGGCCGACGAGAGCUCGGCCAUCGCCAUGGUCGACUACUUUGCCAAGGCCUCGCCAACUGUACGCGGGCGGGUGGUCUACGUCCAGUUCUCCAACCACCGUGAGCUCAAGACAGAUGGCGUCCAUGGUUCCCUGACUGUGCAGGCCAACCAAGGGGGCGAGGGUGGUGGUGCCAACACGGUGCUGCGUGUCGUGGUGGACAACCAGAUCUACCCAGUCACGCUGGACUUGCUGCACAGCAUCUUCAGCCGAGCAGGAAAGGUCCUCAAGAUAGUCACCUUCACCAAGAGCAAUUCAUUCCAAGCCCUCAUUCAGUUCAGCGAUGUCAUGGGUGCCCAGGCGGCAAAGCUGGCCCUGGAUGGCCAGAGCAUCUACAAUGCGUGCUGCACGUUACGCAUCGAGUACUCCAAACUCACCAACCUCAACGUGAAGUACAACAACGACAAGAGCCGCGACUUCACAAACCCCACCCUGCCCACAGGGGACCCCACCCUUGACAUCGGGCUCGCCGGUUCGUUGGGUAUACUGGCGUCCCCGUUUGCUGCCGCCGGCCCGGGCCUGACCUCCCCACUAACCGCUGCCUAUGCCGCCAGCGCCACAGCAGGAGAUCAGUUUGACAAGAAGCAGGGGCUGCCCCUGGGUGGCUUUGCCCUGUCGCCGUCAUCUCCGGCCACAGCUCUCGGCAUGGCCGGCAUCCGCCUCCCAGGACAGGCCACCACCAGCUGCGUGCUUUUGGUGUCCAACCUCAACGAACAGAUGGUCACGCCCGACGCUCUCUUUACCCUUUUUGGCGUGUAUGGCGACGUGAUCAGGGUGAAGAUCCUCUUCAACAAGAAGGAUAGUGCCCUCAUUCAGAUGGCUGAGCCUCAGCAAGCACAAUUGGCCAUGAGCCACCUGGACAAGCUCAAGGUGUACGGGAAGCCCAUCCGGGUGACGCCGUCCAAGCACCACAUAGUGCAGCUGCCCAAGGACGGGCAGCCAGACGCUGGCCUCACCAAGGACUACAUCAACUCUCCCCUACACCGUUUCAAGAAGCCUGGCUCCAAAAACUACCAGAACAUCUACCCACCCUCGGCCACCCUCCACCUCUCCAACAUCCCGCCAACAGUGUCUGAAGAGCAGAUCCGGGAGGCAUUCACGCAAACCGGCGGCACAGUGGUGGCAUUCAAGUUCUUCCCGAAAGACAGAAAGAUGGCACUUAUCCAGAUGGCCUCUGUCGAAGAAGCUGUCACGGCACUCAUCAAAAUGCACAACUACCAGCUGAGCGAUUCCAAUCACCUGCGGGUCUCCUUCUCCAAGUCGACAAUCUGAGCUGGCCCCGCCCAAGCCCCUCCUCCUUUGGCGCCUCUCGGAGCUUACACGACCGGUGAAAGAGGGUGGACGGGUCUGGUGACGGAAGAGGCCGAGACUGCUAAGAAGCAGCAACAGCAAAGUGGGACCCAAAAAAAAGAAGAAGAAAAACGUGCGACAGAAGGCACAGCAAACAUUGCCAUGGCAAAGUGGAGCAAGGCAUCGUCCCGUUUCAAAAAGGACCACAGUGCAAGCGCGCCGUGCCGCCAGGCACGCAUCUGUUGUGACGUCCUCGUGCAGGAUGUCAAAACGCGGCAGGGUUAAUCUGCGCAGGGAGGGGGUCAAAUUUUACGUUUCAACUUUUUCUUUUUUGUCUUUUCGAUUUGAGAAGUGGUGGCUGCACCUCAUCUGUAUGUAAAAAAAAAAAGGCUGAGCCUGACUUUUGCAAACGAAGUGUUUUGCGUGUGCCGAAGACGAGGCAUUUUUCGUGCCGUGUGGAACGGUGCUGCACCUCUACUACCUUUAGUUUAGCCCCACUUUUUUUUUUUUUUUUAGCUCUUAUUGAGACAAGUGUGCAUCGUUAUUAAGCGUAGUCUGCGGCGGGUCUGCAGACUGCCCCCCCCCCCCCCGCCCCCCUUUUUUUUCCUUUGUUUUCCUGCGUUUGGAUCGAAAUCACAAGCAGCAACAUGAGUAACGAGUCCUCUCGGCAUCCAUCCUCCCUACACCCCUUUUCAUUGCCUUUCUCAACAUGUUGAGAGGUCGUCUAGAAAACCAUGCACCUAAAUAUCAGCCUGGCUGAGUUUCUUAUUCCUGCUCCACUUGGUGGUUUUGAGUUGUGGUUAUUAUUAUUAUUAUUAUCAUCUUUUUUUUUUUUUGGCUCCAUGCCAGUGUUGGCGAAUGUUACAGUUACGACGCUUGUGUGCAGAAGGAGUGUGCAGUUCACCGAGUUGUUGGUCAGUGCGUGCAGUGUGCAAGACGAAUAUCUCUGGGAGGUCAUCACUUGCAAGUUGAGCCUUGUUUUGGUUUGACGCCUUGGAAAGGAAUAAGAGGUUCUGCUUCUGCUGGUGGGACAAUGGAAAUGUGAAACGCCUGUCAGUGUCUGUGUCUCGUGUUGCCUGCACUGUUCUUUCAUUUCCGAGGUUGUAAACAGAACGCGGAUAUUUUUAUUUGGCCCCCCAUGCAGAUCAUUGUCCCUUUUUGUGGCCAGCCAAGUGUGUGUCGAGUUUGGAGAAGGCUUUUACCAAAACGGACGGGCAGUACCGACCUGUGGAUGGCUCUUCCAUCAUACAGCCUUGUCUUUUCACCACAGUAGACUGGUGUAUUAGCAGCAGCGGACACAUAAGUGGUUGCACACCUGUUGAUGGAACUGGGCUAAUUAAAGGAGACGCAUGUCUCUUGAAUGUCUCUCCUGGACUGACUUGCACACUGCACGCACGUGGCACUCAGAUGCUUAGCCUGUGUUCUGCCCGUUGUCUGAGUCUCCAGUGCUGUAGAGGGGUUUGGGGGCGGGGGGGGAGCUUCUUAGCAUCAACUGUUCUGGGUUGUAAACCUGCUGUCGCUCAUGGGCUUUUUCGAAACCCGAGGGCUCUAGCUGGGUCUAGACUGUGGUGUAUAGCUUUAAGCUGUAAUGCAAACAUCGGAUAGUGCAGAGAGCCAAGCUCUUGGCAAGCACCUAUUUUUAUACCAUGCCUUUGUUCUUCCUACGAGAAACACUGCUGUGAGCAGUGUGGUGGCAAGAUGUCCCCUUCGGGAAGUUUUGCCAACAGCAAGAGCUCGUCUCCCCCCACCCCCUCGUUUUGUUUGCCAUCGCCCACCUCAGCAGCACUGAAAACAGGGGACCAAUGUUAGCCCAACAUUGGCUUAUGCUGGCUCGCUGGCACGAAAUGCACUGGCUUCUUCAAUAUUGGAAUUGCAGUGGCAGCCUCACUUGUGGCGCUACUCGAGCACUGGUGUUGGUGUCAUGUGCAAACCGGCGAUGUGUGCUCCUGACACACUUUUUUUUUUUCCUUCCCUAAAACGGGACAUUUCCACCUCCCUGCCUUCUCAUUUACCCUACCCAUUAAAUGCACUGUUUUUAGUUAAACACCUUUAUUUUCAUUCUUAUUUCUGUGUAGCGCAGGGAAAAAGCCGUUGCUGUUGCCGUGUGGUCUUUGCCAUGUCGCCGAGCUUUGUCACUGUUUACUACAUUAUCUUAGCACAUCAUUCUCUCUCUAGUGUAUUAUUAAUGUUUAGCCUAGAUAAGGGACCUGCAAAUGCCUUGCCAUCGUCCUGGUUCGCUUGGUUUCCUUAUUACUCUGUAUCUACCGAGUUCUUUAUUUUUUAUGUUUUCCUACAUUGUGCGGUUUCACAGUGUGUGUACGCGAAGAGCUUGGUUGCAGGUUUGCUAGCCUCUUGCUUUAUCUGUAACUGGUACAUAGUCUGUGGUUUAUUGGGUCUUUCUUUCUUUCUUUUUCUUUUUUUUUUUCCCCUGUCUUGUGCCUUUGAUAUGUUGCACCUUUUCAUUGCCACUAGGCUUGGAACUUUGGGUGCCUCCCAACUAUUUCCUGUUCAGUAUUUUGAUACUUUUGUUUCCCCUGCUGUAAACGCUGUGGCUUAACUUUUUCCUUUGCCUGGGGACCAACCCAUAGGUCGCAUGGCUUUUCACUUUCGCCUGUGCUUUCUGUUCUUUUUUUUUUUUUCUUCUAUGUAAUAAAGCUCCACUCCUCCAUGCUCGCCCUGUUUUUCUUGCACCCCGAAACCCUCUGUAUACCACACACAUUUCAGCCUAGUUGUAAGUGUUUGCGCAAGCUCUGCUGCCCAUUCUCCCCGUCAUUUUUCAGGUGCUACAGUGCUUCUGUGGCCCAGCUGUAUCAUCCAGUCCAACGUAUUGGCGUUAAUCGAACAUUAAGAGCCUUAUGAGGGGCAUAGGCUUUGAAAACCUAAAUAGAAAGGCUUUGUGCGUAGCUUUGGGUCAGCGAAUCAAGUAAGUUAAGGUGCAGGGGACAAUUACUGGUUCUGUUGCGUUGAAUAACCAGUACCAUUAUGUUGGCCGUUCUCGUUGCCUUGGAAGAAAGCCUGCCGCAUUUUGUCUGGCCUGUUCUUUCAGUUCAAAGCACGCAAGAGCAACGGCUUUGUCACUCCAAAUGCCAGGAGUUUUCUAGCAUUCCAAGUUUUUCUGUUUUAGCCCCGCUGUGUUUUUUUUUUCUUGUUGUUUUUUUCUCUACCACUUUUUGGGAGGUUUGGAUUUGGUUCCUCCUUAUAGGUUGAUGCCCACCCAGCGCAUAUUCUUGUGAACAUCCCUUUCAUAUGUAGCUUGCUUACUGAAGUGUUUACACAAUUUUUUGUCCCCUCUUUCCUUAUCUGUAUUUUAUUUUUUAGUGUCUUUGGUGGUUGUGUUAAUAUAAUAAUCUGCCUCUCUUACUGUUUCACACUACAACACUCUCCCCCUCCCUCAAGCCACUGUGGCCCAGGCAGAUCUGACUUGAACAAAAUAACAUCCCCUCCCACACAUCACCUUUUUUUUUAUAUUGUAUCAUUUUGUUUUUGUCCAUUCAGCAUCAUGCUCUCUUGUUGGAGAGCACUGGGAGGAUUCAUGUGUUUAUUUUUAUAGAAGUGAAAAAGCGAGUAUUUUGGUGAAUAAACAUGUUGAUUUCUUCUUUUACGAGGUACAGCAAAAUCUUCCUAUUCUUUUUGAAAAGCCUGCACUUUGCUUUUAUUUAAUCCCCCCUUGGAGUUUCAGGAACUGCUAUAACUGUGCGAGCAUCGUUGCACAUUGAAAUUUUUUUCAUAGACGAAGAAAGCUUUGCCGAGUCAUUUCUGAGCCACCCAUGUGUAUUGCUGGGCCCCGCAGAAGUUCGCUGGGUGUUCCAGGACAUUCUGCUAAACGAAAAUUAAUGCGCCGCCUGUGCCCAGUCAGUAACUGGCCUCGGGCUCUCAUGGGUACGCGCAUUUAUACAACCCAUUGUUGACCGUACUAGUCUGUUGCAGGCAUCAUUUGGCUUUCUGCAGAACAUGUUCCGAGCAUACAUAUGUUCCUCAAAGCAUACAGUCUUCACCAAUGUCUCUGAUUGAAACGACUCUGUGCUCACUGCAGACAGACGCAGUGAAAGGGUUUAGCGAAAUUGAUGGUUCUGCGUUGUAAAAACUUGCUGUACACGUUGUGGGGCAUAGCAUACCUCUUGGUAGUUGAUGUGCGACAUCAGUGUGCGACAUCGUAGCCUUUCCACAUGAAGCUUGCAUUCACUGAGGAAUGCCGAGGUAUAAUGCAGCACUUCGUGUCACUUUCUUGAUGUGCGCGCUUUCUUUUGUUGUCUUUAACUUUUGAGAAUUCUGUGGAAACAUCUUUUUGUACCAAUUGCUAGUUUCUUCAAAGGGACAGCCAUAAAAGGAGCAGUCCUAGACAUCGACAGAUUCACAGCCUUUUUAUGCAGUUAAACCAGUUUAAACACAUCGCGCUUAAUGUGAUAUUACUUGCUGUGAGCGGCCGUCACAAUUCCGGAAGCACUGAUUUCUGUUCUGCGAGACGAUGCCGUUUGCUUAUUUCUGACCGAUAUAUUCGUGCAACUACUAUACUGCCACGGGGUUCACAGAAGCUUAUUGGUUCAAGGGAAAGGGAUGCAGGUCCCAUUAGCCUAGAUCGUUGGGCUUGUUGGUAUCGAAGCAUGGGAAACCUUGCCGCCCAUGGGACGGGGACACUGAAAGUGACCUUUAGAGACCUUGGUGCACACAGUCUGUCCAUUCUCUGUUCUUGUGUUCCGUGUGCGGUAAGUGCUUCCCAUGUAAGCCCACUGUGGGGAUGUAAUGCUGCAAAGUCUAUUUGAAAUUUGUUCCGGCAAGUUUUUCUGCAUAGCACCUCAUUGCCGUGGCAGCAGUCGUGCAGAUAUAUGAUUUGAAGGAAAGUUGUUAAUUAUGUGUCUGUUUCAAGACACACGGUCUCGCUCAGAGGAGUGUUGAAAGAGGCGGUGGCACAUUAGCACUGCGGGUAGUAGGAGCAGUCUUGACGCAUUCGUUAAUGUUACUGCUGUUGUUGGGAGUCGAGAUUUAUACUGCUCUGCAGCUGCUGCUGUGGAAGUUGGGGACAGAAAUGUUGUUUGGGACUUUGGGUAAUGUAGGGAGCAGACAAUGUAAAAUGGCUGUUGUGGCACUGGGUUAGCUUUUUUUUUUUAUUUGCCGAUCCAAACUUUGUCUUGUCAAAGAUAUGUUUCUUUGAUGAGGCACUGCAGAAAAUUUUGUGUGCAAGAGCAUAGGGUACGUAAUUGUCAUGCUUCUGGAGAAACUCAAGUUACAGGUCUCGUACGUGCCGAGUGCUUCUCUUUUCAACCUCUCCAGCAUAGUCGUAGUUCUCGUUCAUUACAGAGUAGUCAAAUCGUUUUAGUUGAUUAUGGGAACUAGCAAGAACCAGCACAGCGUACUUGUGCUGAGUGACACUUGGUGCCUCGUCGCCACGGCAGCAGUUAACGAGCAUGACACGAGCUUGUGACAAGCGCACAUCAAGACGUGUGAUAUACAGUAGUUUAGUAAAAGCCACGAACAAGGUCGUUAUAUAAUUCCAAAGAAGUCCCCUUCCUGAUGACGCUUUCAUCUAUUUCGUGCACUUGUACAGAGAAAGUUUUGGCCAUUCCGUUAACACGAGUUGUAUGUGUACUUCGCCUUUCAAGAAAAUUUCCUCUCUCUACAGAAGCCAUUACACAGGGUUACUUAGUGCUGUUUUUGCUCUGGAUGCCUCUCUUGCACGGAACAAUCGUGUGUGUCGGUGCCGCGUGGACAAACAAGCCAAGAUGCAAAAGGAAAGGCAGCACUUGUGCAACCGGAAGCAUGGUAAAAUGGCUGUUUGUUCACCAAAGCAGGCAGUGGGGGACAUUCCUGACUAGUUGGAACAUCUUGUGCGUCGGUUUUGAGUGUUCCAGCAGCUGCGCUGUUCAAUAUGUGGUAAUGUCUGUGGUUGAGAGCUCCGUGCAUCGCAGUUUAGCUGUGCCUCUUGAAGUUGUUCCUUCAUUGGUACCCAAAAUUCUUGACCCAUAUGCAACAUCCGUCAGGCCCCUCUCCUACUCCCCCUCCCCCUGUUAAAUUUGGCGCAUGGUCCUGUAAGCAGGUAGUUGUUUCUCUGGAUGUUCUAUGCGGUGUGUCUGGGUGAAUGUUUUGCACUACAUAUCAUGGCACGCGAGAAACGAACAACUCCCUAGACCUAUGUCCUGGCCCACAUUCACAUGGCCCAGUGCCAUCAGUGGACACUGUUAUACACUCACUUAUAUCACGAACUAUACCAUAUACACCUGGGCGCAAGACGCACAUCUAUUUUCUAUCCACGGUUUUCGUAGUAUCUAUAGGCCUGAGACAAGUAAAACUUGUGAACUUUGAUCAUCAUAGCGUAGCUUUCCACAGAUUCUUGCAUAGCUUGAUUGUGAAGUGAAUGUCAGUUUUCCUUCUCCCAAGGACCGCUGUAACUCCUCUCUGUUCGAGAUGUUUUUGGGGUUUCAGCCAGUCGGCAACUAGAGGGUAUUUUGCUCCAACUUAUCUUUGAGGACAGCUGUUAUUGGUUUAUGCCUGAUCCUUGUGGAAUCAUAGAUAUACUUCUAUUAGCUACUCUAUGGCCUUUCCUGCCUUCAAUUGUGUAAUGUUCCAUCACUGCACAUAACUGAACGAACUGUAGAAGUUUGGAUUCUGGAGUCACAGUUGCUCCACAGUGCAGUCCUAGCGACCCUUGACUGAACAUUGCUCGUUUUAAGCUCACUCUACUGCAUAUUCCGAAUCGCAGUGAGCUCAUUUUUACCUUGCCUGUCAUGAUCAGGUGGUGCUUCGGUGGGAAUUCAAGAAAGGGGGCGCUCUUGUGGCCCGACUCUUUGUGAACAAGCAAAUGAGUGUUGGAAGGUUUGUACCUCGUGCUGGCUACGCUUUGCAGCUGUGUUGAUAACUCUACAAAAAAGAAAAUGCAGUCAUCAGGGCAUUUGCGCACAGCUCUGAAUGAAGCUGGGUCAACAAUGCAGGAAUGUUGGCGAACACUUGUUUCAAAUGCCAUUGAAACAUAUUUUUAAGCCACAGGUCUAGAGACUACAGAAUUAGCGCACCGCCGUUAGAAGUAUGGGGUUGUGUAUCACUGCGGGGGUAAGACCGAGCCCUCCCAGUUUCUUUCCAGGACCGUGGUUCUCUGUCGGCGUUUACGUGAAAAAUCAAAGUAUGCGCAGAGCCCUUAGUAUACGCUGCUGCCUUGGAGAGAUUUUUCUCAUAUUGCUCGCCUUCUGCUAAGUCUCUCUUGCCGUUUUUUUUUCUUCGCAUACUUUCCCUUGUAAAAAAAAACUGUGCCUCUUUCAAAGGCUGCCAAACGGCAUUUCUUGUGCAAAUCUUGCUGUGCUGUGUUCUUUUUCCCCUCUUUUCUCUUUUUUUUUUUUUUUCAUUUCGAACGAUGCUUUCUGGGGAUCUUGUUCUAUCUUGGAACUGUCUGGCCCGCCAAGCAACGCAAAACUGGGCUCUCCCUUUUGGUGCAAGACCACUUUCUGGCAGCGAAUGUUCCAUAACGACAUUUCGGCCAGUUCAGUGCGCUUUUUGACAAACCUGUCGGGGUUUUCCCGAGCCCUUUAAAAACCGCAUUAGCCAACAAUUGCGGAACGAGGACGUGUUUUCCAAAAGUGAUUUCUUAUGCUAUCUUUUUGUGAACAAGCUCGUGCACACUUCAGACGUUAAGCGACACGUAGUAUGCUGUAACCUUGUGGUUGCUUAAGCACUACAUUGGAGGGUGCAAAAGGUUAUAUGGGCUGUCUGUUGGCAGAAAUUAGCUUUCGUUUUGUGUAUCUAUGAGGAAAGGUAAAAAUUUCCCCCCUGCCAUAAAUAAUGCAGAAAUAAAGUUGCUGGCUGAAGGCGACACUAUUGCCCAAGUUUCGCGUUGCUCGUACUGGCGCACAUUUUUUUUUCUUGCACCUUUCUAACUAUACUGUUUUUCUUUUUUUUUUUUCUCCACUGCGUUCUUCCUGCGCCAUUUGCAAACUACAUUUGUCUUGUGCGUUUCGCUACUUCUACUAUACUAUUACUGCGUCUACUAUUACUGAGGUGUUAAACGAGUCUGUAUGUGUACAUAUAUACAUCUUUCCUGCACUGUAUUGCUCCUUUUUUGCUAUGUAUCUGUCCUUUAUUCUGUGGUGGGUUUCAUUAAACGACAAAAGUCUUGUAUUCUCGGAA